UUAGUGGGCUAUUUGUUCGGCCGUUGAUUUUCGGUAUUUUGGCAGAUUUUUUUUUUCGGUAAAGUUGGAAAAAAAAACGGCCGAAUUUGCCGAUCGGGCCGAUUUUCGCGGCAAUGAUGGGCAAAUCGACCGAUUUUUUUUACUGAUAAAAAAAUCUGCACAUGAGCAGUGACCUGCAAGAGGAAGACAAAAAGAAGAAAAAGAAGAAGAGGAUGAAGAAGAGGAUGAUGAUGAAGAAGAGGAUGAUGAUGAUGAAGAAGAGGAUGAUGAUGAAGAAGAGGAUGAUGAUGAUGAAGAAGAUGAUGAUGAAGAAGAGGAUGAUGAUGAAGAGGAAGAAGAGGAUGAUGAUGAAAAAAGAAGAAGAGGAUGAUGAUGAAGAAGAAGAGGAAGAAGAAGGAUGA